UGUAAGACGUCUUCUAGGGAGAGUCAUGACACACAGCCAGGAGCCUCUAGCCAGGACCACCAUCAUCAAGGUCAAGGGCCAGGACUUUAACUUCUUGCAGGAUCGUUGCCUCCGCAGAGGUCUGCUGUUUGAGGAUGAGACUUUCCCUGCCAAGACAUCUUCCAUAGUUCUGCAGCUGCUCCAGGGACAAAACAUCUCCAGCCUGCAGUGGAAGCAGCCAAAGGAUUUAUCAAAGGGUAAGUCAGAGCCUCACUUUACCCUGGAAGGUGCGAGCAGAUCUGACAUCCAACAAGGACAGGCACAAGAUUGCUGGUUCCUGGCAGUGCUGGGCUCCUUACAGAACCCACAGCAUCUGCAGAAGAUCCUGAUGGACCAAACCUUUUCAUACCAGUAUGCAGGAAUUUUCCGUUUCCUAUUCUAGCAGUGUGGCCAGUGGGUGGAAGCAGGUGAUGAUCGCCUGCCUGUCCUGAACAAGGAUUACCUCUUUGUGCAUCCUCGGGACAACCAAGAGUUUUGGCCCCGCCUGCUGGAGAAAGCCUACGCCAAGUUUCGAGGGGCCUAUCUCCACCUGCACUCUAGCUACCUCCCCGAUACCCUGGGGGACCUCAGGGGAGGGGUGAUCACCAGUGUCACCCUGCACUCCUUCUCUACCAACCUGGUGAUGAUGGUGAAGAUGGCGGCCAAGGCCAGCUCCCUGAUGACCUGUGCCACCCUGGUGUGGCCGAAAGGUGAGGCCACAGGAAUGGAGAAUGGCCUGGUGAGUCAGCAGGCCUACACAGUGACGAGAGUGAGCAGAGCCUGGUACAGGAGUGGCUGGGAAGAUCUUAUCCGCCUGUGGACCCCCUGGGGCAACACCGAAUGGAGAGGGCACUGGAGGGAUGGGUCUCCGGAGUGGUAGGAAACCUGCAACCAGUGGAAAAGCCAGCUGUAUGAGAAUAAAGACAAUGGCGAGUUUUUAAUGUCAUGUCAAGAUUUCCAAGAGAACUUCUCCUGCCUGUAUAUAUGUAACCAAUUUCCUUCAGUCAACCUGGACCAUGCAAACAUACCCCAUGAAAGAUGGUCCCAAAUGAUGUUUAAGAACCUUGUGAUUCCAGGAAACACCGCAGAAGGACUUCAGAGGGACACGCAGUACAUAUUCUCUGCUGAGAGCCUGGAAGCCAACAAUGUCGUCAUGUCCUUCAAUGUCAUGCCACAAAAUUUAAAGGCAAAAGACGAGAAAUGUCCACUAAGCUUCAAUGUGUUCAAGGUUGCUGCCUGCAUUUUUUCCCAGUUCAGAAAUGCUGACAUUUCUGUCACAGUUUCUAAAACUUAGUGCGCCCUCACGAAGCGCUUCAGUCUGAAUCCUGGGACCUACGUGGUGGUCAUCACUGCAUACAAAGAAGCAGUUGAGUUCCUGCUCCAAAUCUUCCUGAAAAUGCCAGACAGUGACAGGAACCUGGGCAGUGAUUUCAAUCUCAGAGCAUUGAAGGCAAGUCUUCGAGAAAAUGGCUUCCAACAAAAUAUUUUCUACAAAUAUGCUCAUCAGGGACUGGACAUUGAUGCCACCCAGCUUCAGGGCCUUCUCAACCAGGAAUUCCUGAAAGGACCUCCAGGGGACACUUUCUCUUUGGACGAGUGCCAGAGCAUCGUGGCUCUGAUGGAUCUGAAAGUGAAUGGGCAGCUUGACCAAGAGGAGUUUUCAAGGCUGUGGGGGUGUCUUGUCCACUACCAGAAUAUUUUCCAGAACACCCAGGAGAACACUGGAGUUUUCCUGAGCUCAGAUUUGUGGAAGGCCAUAAAGGAUACAGACUUCCUUGCGGGGAUCUCCAUCAGCAACGAGCUGCUGGUCCUCAUGACUCUCCGGUAUAGCCAUAGCUCCAGCACAGUCAGCUUUCCCAGCCUGGUCUGCUUCCUGAUGCGGCUUGAAGUCACGGCAAAGACUUUCUGGAACCUCUCCAAGGAUGGAGAAUGACGCUACCUGACAAAAACGGAGUGGAUGAACCUGGUGAUUUACAACUGA